UUUUUUUCUUUUCCCAUAUCACUUUUAUUUUACACUCGUCUGAUUUGCUCAGAUUUUCUCCAACCAUUUGCGUCAUUCGCUCAGCUCCCGGAUUGCCAGGCCCUUGUCUGACAUGAGCAGCGACGCGAGCGCGGGUCCCGCUGCAGGCGCCACUCUCGGCCCCAGCGCAUCCAUCCACAUUGCUGCUGUGCAUCCAAGACAGACUACUGCUGCGAAGGCCGAGCCAGAGCGACUGCAGCAGUCGAAGCGCGACGGCGCGGAUCCAUCGCAUCGGGUUCCAGCCACCACGCCGCUGUCCGCUCACCAGCACGAGCAUGAGCAGCAGCAUGGUCAACAGCAGCACCAGCAGCGUCGCAUUGGGAUUGUCCACUCGCUGGCUGCAGGUGCCAUUGCAGGAGCCGUUGCAAAGACGGCGAUUGCGCCGCUGGAUCGCGUCAAGAUCAUGUUCCAAGUCACUCCGAACAAGCAUUACCAUUUGAGUGUCGCACUCCACACCGUGCUCGAGACAUACCGACGAGAAGGUCUCGCCGCAUGUUGGAGGGGCAAUUCGGCCACCAUGCUGCGAAUCAUGCCAUCUGCAGCGCUCCAGUUCAUGUCAUUCCAGCAGUACAAGCAACUAUUAUUGAAGCCUGGUGCCUCCGAUUUGGAUCCCGGGCGCCGAUUUCUCACCGGAUCCCUGGCUGGUUGCACGGCCACAAUGUUUACCUAUCCACUAGACCUGAUGAGGGCUCGCCUCGCUAUUCAAUCCUUGGGCAACCAAAAAUAUUCAAGCAUGCGAAAUGCAUUUGCAACUGUGUGGCGGACAGAGGGUCUCUUUGCUUUCUGGCAUGGCGCGAGCGCCGCACUUGUUGGAAUCGCACCUUAUGCUGGCGUCACCUUUUUCACGUUUGAAACGCUCAAGCUGUACGUUCGCGAGCACCAUGCCGCAGCGGCCGAGCGUGCUGGACGCGCCGCCCCUGCUACUGCCGCAACGCCAAGCCCUCGGCAGGUAGACGAGCUGCCAGCUCAGCCCGCCGGACACCGAUCUGCCGGCGCAUUGCAGGCGAGGCUGCACCAACAGCUCAAGGAAACCAACGCCGCCGCGAGCACCCUCACGCACGCCCAUGAUGAAGUCACCCAUCAUUACCGCGCACAGGAUCAUGACCACGACGCACAUGUCGCCAAGCUUGGCGACGAGUCCGUCACGGCUGUCGAACGCCUCGUUUGCGGCGCAGUUGCCGGCCUCGUUGGGCAAAGCUCGACCUACCCGCUCGAUGUUGUUCGACGAAGAAUGCAGACCGACGGCUUCUUUCACGCGCCAGACCAGAGGCGGUACCACUCUGUGCCAUCUGCACUGGUGAAGAUUGCGCGAGAAGAGGGCAUCCGUGCCCUGUAUCGCGGCUUGAGCAUGAACUUUAUCAAGGGGCCGAUCGCAGCCUCAGUCAGCUUUACCAUCUUUGACCUGCUCUCGCGUUAUUUGAAUGACGUGUUCCCAUCGUCCACGACCCGCCAUGCCCCUGUUGCACUCUAACCAUGCUGAUCGAUGCCGUGUUGGAAGUUCAGCGCACGAGCAAAUGCAACAAAAUCCAACAAAGACAAUACAUUUGUAUCAUUGUA